AUGUCUAACUAUCAUACCGGAGACAUAGAUGAAUAUCCGAUAAAGUCUUUAAGCAUUAACUAUAUAAAAAGCUCAGACCUUUCAAUAGAUUACUUAAACGAUAUCACCAUUGAAGACGAUAAUAAAAAAUUUUUAAUUGAAUCAUUUAAUUACUACUUGAAGAAAGACCAAAUUAAUUAUAAAAGUUUGGAUAUAGAUGACUUAAAGAUUUCAAAACAUUUAAACGAGAUUAUUGAGCUACAAAACCCACUAUGUAGUAAGUUAAAUGAUUUGCAACGAAAAAAUUUGGUUGAUCUGUUCAUUCAUAUCCAGCAUUUUAUCCAGCAUUUUAUUAAGAAAUUCUUGAAAAAAAAUAACCUUGAUCAUACUCUCCUGAAAAUUAUGAGAACGACUGCAAACAAUCUUGGAUUAUUUUAUAUUCAUCAAAGAAAUGUAGUUAUUGGUGAUGAGACCUUUGAAAAAGUGAUUAAAAAGAGAAUUGAUUUUUAUGAAGCAAACAAAAACUGGAUAAUAAUUUUCGUAUUCUUUUUAAAAUAUAAGUUUUGA